UCUUAAUGAUUGCUCCAAGAGACUCAUAGGUCUGAACAAAAACACACAGUGCCACACAAACUCUGUUUGAUCCCUCCCUUCGCCACAAUCGAAGCACAAAGUGCUUUGGCGUUAUAACUUCAAGGAACUAACGAGUUACAUGCAUGCAAGCCUAUGAUCCAUAAAUAAAUAAUCAAAAAAAUGAGCAUGCAAAAGGAGAGUCCUCUAGUGAGACUCCGAAUUUUUUACCAAAGCCAUGCAUGGCUCCCUCUAUUGCACCUUCUCAUUCAUAUCUCACCGCCAGUAACCGGUCAACCGGUAACACCAGUGGAACCCGACAGCAACAAAUCCGUGGUCACAAUCAUGGCAAUCGUCGCCGCCAUGUUCCUCAUCUCAGCCGUCCUCUCUCUCUACUCUCGCAAAUGCUCCGACCGGCAAUCGCAGACACGUGGCAACAGGCUCGACCUCGCCGCUCCUACCGGCGCAGGCGGUAACCCGUCGAAUGCCGAAUCCAACGGCCUCGACCAAGCCACCAUAGAAACCUUCCCCACGUUCCUCUACUCCGACGUGAAGGGUCUCAAAAUCGGAAACGACACGCUGGCAUGCGCCGUGUGCUUGAACGAGUUCCAAGACGAGGAAACCCUCCGCAUGAUCCCCAAGUGCUGCCACGUGUACCACUCCGAUUGCAUCGACGUUUGGUUAGCCUCCCACUCCACGUGCCCGGUUUGUCGCGCCAACCUCGUUCCACAACCCGAAGACAUAAACAUGCCUCCGAUGUUGUCCAUUCAGAUACCCGAUGAUGAGGAACGUGACCACGAACAUGAACAUCAAAGUGAACAUGACAUUAGUGAAGAACAUAAGAGAGAGAGUGACGCGGAAUCACCAAUGGUGGACUUGCUUCGUAGGGUUCGCUCGUUGCAUCAGAGCCGUCCAUCAUUGUCGAGAUCAACGGGGUUUCUAUCUUCGCUUUUGUUUCCGCGGUCGAACUCGUUGGGUCAAUUGGUGCAGCCUGGGGAGAACUAUGAGAGGUUUACGCUACGGUUACCCGAGGAGGUACGAAGCCAGAUGAUGAACUCGACGCUGAAGCGUGCGAAGAGUUGCGUGUGCUUUACGAGAAUGAGCAGUGACACGCGGGGGUAUAGGACGAGAAGCGUGGGAAGUGGACGUGGGAGAGGGUGUGUGCAGUAUGAGAGGUUUGGUGGUGAGGUACAGUGGGGUUUCCCUUUGACGCCACCGAGUCUCGUUAGGAAUAACGGUUGGAACAGAUCCAUGAAAAAAUCACAGGUUCAGCGUUCGGGUGUGGCUUUCGAUAAUAAUCUUGCUGGUGAACGAUCCUCUGAUUUCUUGCGUCUUGCUCCAUAGAAGU